GCCCGUGGGGGGUGCACGUGGUGGGCGCCCGCGGUAGCGGAGCGCAGCGCAGAGGCGGCUGCCGGGGUGCCCUGCUCUGCCCGGGCCAGCCCAGCCCGACCGCUCUCCGCCUGGGGGGCUGCAGCCCCGCGAUAAAAAUGAAGGCAAAAAAGGAAAAGAAAUUUAGAUCUUCCUUUAAAUUGAAACAAAAAGGCAUUGAAGUACUAGGAAAAUGGAAAACUGUGAAAAUUGACCCCAAUCUAUUUGCUGAUGAGCAGUUUGGAGACAUAGUAUGCUUGGAGGAACUCACAGAGUAUAAAUUAGUGAAUUCCUCCAAAGUGGGGAAAGAAAAAGGGAAGAAGAGAAAGGCUGAUAAUGUUUCUGAAGAAGGGAAUGAGCUGGAAGAGCCUGUCAUCUCUCCCAAAAAGAGAAAGAAACACAAAGAUUUGAGAACAAGAACAGUUACAAGCAGUGAUCUUAAUGCAAUAGAAAUUGAUGUGCCAGCUGAUAAAGAGGACAAGUGUGAAAAAGUAGUAAAAGGGGAAGAUUGUGAGGACCAUGGACAUGUGGCUGAGAAUGUAUCAGGCACAAAAAAUGCUCUGAAGAAAAAGAAAAAAAAGAGAGUUAAACAGAAGGCUCCUCAAACUCAGGAAACUCUUCCAUCAGUAACUACUUCUAAAAAAGUUAAAAAUUGGACAACAAAAGUUUUAUCUGCCUCAACUGAUCACAAGGCUGAUGUGUCUGCAUGGAAAGACUUGUUUGUACCUGGGCCAGUGUUGGAGGCCCUGAGUUACCUGGGGUUCAGUGCUCCAACUCCUAUUCAAGCAUUGGCCUUGCCUUCUGCAAUCCGGGAUAAUAUGGAUGUUCUUGGUGCUGCAGAAACAGGAAGUGGCAAAACGCUUGCAUUUGCAAUUCCUAUGAUUCACUCUGUGCUGGAAUGGCAAAAAUCAAACAGCUUGAUGAGCAGAAAUGACAGUGAUGCUAAAGAGUCCCAUGAGGAUGAUGAGGAAGCAAGAUGUGGAAAUAAGGAUGAAAAAGAAGAAAUAACCCAUCAACAGCUUGAAGACAAUGGAGAUGAAGAUGAUGUACCUUUCACAACAGGCCAUGUGAAGGUGUUGAAAAAUGCUGAAUUUGAUUCUGUGGACAAGACUCUUGGCUCUCACAGAAAGAGACCUCUUUUAGGGCUGGUGCUUACUCCCACAAGAGAAUUAGCUGUACAAGUAAAACACCACAUUGAUGCAGUUGCAAGAUUUACAGGCAUUAAGACUGCCAUUCUAGUUGGAGGCAUGGCUGCACAGAAGCAAGAGCGUGUACUGAAUCGAAAGCCAGAAAUUGUUAUUGCAACCCCAGGCCGUCUGUGGGAGCUAAUUAAAGAGAGACACCCCCACCUCUCAAAUCUUCGGCAGCUCAGGUGCCUUGUGAUCGAUGAAGCAGACCGAAUGGUUGAAAGAGGUCAUUUCUUAGAGCUCUCUCAAUUGUUGGAAAUGUUAAAUGAUUCGCAGUAUAACCCUCAACGUCAGACUUUUGUUUUUUCUGCCACACUGACUUUGGUCCAUCAGGCUCCCACAAGAAUUUUACAGAAGAAGAAUGCUAAAAAGAUUGAUAAGAAGACCAAACUAGAAAUGUUAAUGGAAAAAGUAGGAAUAAAGGGCAAACCCAAAGUGAUAGACUUAACAAGGAAAGAGGCCACUGUUGAAACUCUAACAGAAACCAAAAUCCACUGUGAUACAAAUGAGAAAGACUAUUAUCUCUAUUACUUCCUUCUGCAGUAUCCGGGAAGAACCAUGGUCUUUGCAAACAGCAUAGACUGUAUAAAGCGCCUCAGUUCUCUCCUCACUAUCUUAAAUUGUGACCCUCUUCCUUUGCAUGCCAACAUGCACCAGAAGCAAAGGCUAAAAAAUCUGGAAAGAUUUGCCGAGCGAGAGACCUGUGUCCUCCUGACAACGGAUGUUGCAGCUCGUGGUCUGGAUAUUCCUAACGUGCAGCACGUCAUCCAUUACCAGGUUCCUCGUACGUCUGAGUUGUAUGUACACAGAAGUGGCAGAACAGCCCGAGCUGCCCAUGAAGGCCUUAGCUUAUUAUUGAUUGGUCCUGAUGACUUGAUCAAUUUUAGGAAAAUCUAUAAAACCCUGGAGAAGAGUGAAGAGGUGCCGUUUUUCCCAAUUGAAACCAAGUACAUGACUUCUGUAAAGGAACGGAUGAAUUUGGCAUGGCAGAUUGAGAAGGCUGAAUUUUUCAAUAGUCGGGCAAAGCAGCAUAACUCUUGGCUCCAGCAAGCUGCCGAGGCUCUUGAAAUUGAUCCAGAUGAUGACAUCUUUAUGGGAGGAAAAGCUACUGAACAAGAAGAAAGCCAGAAACAAAAAAUGCUGAAGGGAAUGAAAAAACAGCUAAAGCAUAUGCUGUCCCAACCGCUGUUUAAAGUCCUUAUGAAAACCAAGUACCCAACACAGUCUGGAAAACUACUCCUGCCUCAGCCAUCAGUGAGCAAUUCAGAAUCUGCUCUGGGUACAGUAUCAAAACAACAAUCCAAGAAGAAGAAAUCAAUAAAAUUAAAUUAGAUGACUGAUCAAGAUCAUCCAGUGCAGUGGAAGCUGGGAAAAUCCAUAUCAAGGCUGUCAGUGCUUAUGCAAGAAUGUUAAAAGCUAGGCGAGAAAUCAUGUACUAUCAGAGGAUGAUGCCUGUGUCUUGGUUGUGCAGGGAUACAGCUGAAUGUAAAUGGCACUGUUAACAUGCUCUUUGUAACUAUUGAUUCUUGUCUUGGAUCUUGGGUGGGGGGAGGGAGUUAUCAUCUCACAGAUUUUUUUUUUCUUUAUUAAUCGAGGAUGAUUAGUUUUGGAAUAGUUCUGUUUAUCAGUUCUUUUUGUAAGAUGGGUAAAAGUGGGCAAAGUUAAUCUUGGGCAUACUCUAGUGAUAUAACUUAAUUUGAAUUUUAAUGUUUUUAAAAGAGAGGGGGAAGCAGGCUGUAUACAGGGGAUAGUACAAUCUGAGCUGAUGUUAGUGGGAGGCUUUGCCUUUACAGCAGUUAGUCCAGUGAGAAAGGCAAAUACAGAGAUUGUUACCAGCAAGCCUACAAUUCUAGUUAAGGUAAUCUGUGCCAAUCAUCCUUCUCCCCUGGAAAAGCUUUCCCAUUAUAUUAUUUCUCUGUUCUGUUCUCCACUGGGUCUAAUUCCAUUAGUCCUUUGUUGAUAUGUUUGCAGAUGUACAAAAAAAGUUCAGGCUGGCCACAGACCAGGACUGACUCUGGGAGAUUUCCACUCUAGACAUGAACUUCUGAGGAGUGGAUGUUGCUGCUCCGGCCUUCUGUUAAUUAAUAUUUGGAGUUAAGUUUGUAUUUAGAAACAUGCUAGAAUUGCAGCCCUUGUUUUAACAGAGAAGAUGAUGUUGCUCUGAAAUGUUAUUUUUAAAGUGUGCUUCCUGAUGAUUAUGCUUUUUAAUCAUUUUAACCUGACCGGUGCAAAUAAUUGUUAAAAUACUUUGAAAUUGAUCAGAAAAAUAUAUUUUGAAUUUUGGUAAAAUUAUAUCUCCUGUAAAAUACAAAGCCUG